UAGAAGCCAUGAAAAUGCAAAACAUAUUACGCGCUUCGCGUGCAAGUAAAGUGAAGAAGGUUAACGUUAAACCAGGUGAUGCAGUGGCUGCGGAAGAGGUUAUAGUAGAAUUAGAGGAUGUGAACCAAAAAAAUACGUAA